AGAGUGAAGGUCCAAAGGGAGGGCGCAGAGAGAAUCAUGUCAGGCGGAGGAGGCACUAGUAAUAGUGUCAAGCCAAUACAAAUCUCGCGGCCACUACCGCUGCACGACGCCGGCGCUCAUGUCUCUUCCUUCUCGCCAGGCCGACGCAUCGAAGAGGGUGUCGUGGGUGUGAUACCGGACCCUCGCGUGCCCAAUCAGUCGCUGCAUUUUCACCCUGCUCUCCACGAUCCCUUCCUCGUCCGGCAAGAAGAUCAACAGCCAUCAUCCAACUCAUCACCAUCUUCGCCUACGCCUGGGUCUCUACCUCUCUCGACUCGUGUGCGCGCACCCGACCCAACCAAGAAAGUCACGAGGGACAACGAUGAAUUGCACUCAGCCAUAUCGCGCCAAGCCUUAGCGGAGUCGCGCAGGGCCAACGCCAGGAACCCAUCCCUGCAAUCACCCACUCACAGCACGUCCAGCUCGCCGGGAUCGACCGUGCGGUAUCCCUUGAACGUGUCUCCGACGAGCAACAUGUCCAGCCCGAUCGCGAAUCCUCGCGCAAACAACAUCGCCCACAGCAAUAUGACGCAACGAACGGCUUCGAUCGACUCGAACAUUUCUUCGAUAUCGGCCGCUUCUGCCGCGUUGCGACCGGCUCCGAAUAGCGCUCUGCGUGCCCCACAGGAUGCGGCCAGCCAACCCAGUGCCGCUGCUCUCAUUGCGUCGACCGGAUCCGCCGAGGCAGCCUUACAAAAAGUGCUCGCGGAGAAGCAGCAGCUCACCUCACAUAACGCGCAAUUAUGGCGACUGGUAGAGAAGCAGAGAUCGAUGCUGCUCGGUCUCGGGAAGGAUUUAGAGAAGAUGACGAAAGAGAAGGAGAGAUACAAGCGGAAACUCAAGGAACAACUCGCCCAUGGAACCUCCAUGAGUUCAAUCAUGACUGGCCAGUCUGCACAAACUGACGAACUCCUGGAUCGUGACGACAGUCAAUCACCCGCGCUGUUGGACGGCCAGCGGGUCUCUCCGAGUGAGAGCAGCAAAGGUCUACGUAAGUCGAGCGAUAUAUCAGAGGUGGAUUCGUCGAAUGUUGGUCGCUCCGAUACCCCACAGGAUGCGACAACAUAUCAGCCACUGGGCCGGUCUGGUGUACUACAUUCGGCAAACGUCAGUGCUCUGGCGGCCUCGCCAGAGCUGGAACGAUCGUCAGCGAACGCGCCGGUCAGUUCGCCAGCGCCGCUGAACAUCAGGGCAGCCAACAAUACGUAUGCACCCUCGAAGAGUCUCGAUCAAUCGGGCCGGGGAGGUCACAGUGAACAAGAGCCCGGCACGUUGUCGCCUAUGCCCAAUAGUCCGCAAUCCGUGCUGUCUAGCCCCAAAACGAGGAAAGCGCCGCCUGCGCCGCUCAAACUGGAACGACGACCUACCAAUGAUGCGCCUCAGGAGAUUGUGGAUGCAUCAGACUCCGACUACGAACUAGAUGCGGACGGCGCGCGUGUCGAAUAUCAAGAGCGGGGUCGUAGGAAGACUCGCGAAGAAGAUGAUCGCGUGCGCGAGAAAUCUUACCAAGCAGAAGAGGAGCACAGAAGUCGAUCGAAGAAGGACAACAAACAAAGUCAGAGCAAGCCUGCAGUAGAGCAACCGCCGGUACCUGUGGCACCUGUUGAGGUACAGGCCACAGGUGUCGCGAAGGCGAAGAUACCCGCAUUUCAGAGCAUGGUAAAUCCGGCCGACAUCGUGCGCAAUCGCGUCGUCUCCGACAUGCAACGGAACUUGAAUGCGCCAUCGAUCUUGAGUCCUGGACUUCCAAUGAGCCCUCGUCCUGGUGAUCGACCGCUCCUUUCGCCCAUGCCGCGGGCGUUCAAUGGUCUGGGCGCUAUGCCAAUGUCACCCAAGCCUGGUAUGGCGGCAUUCCCUCUGUCACCACGUGCACCCCGACAUGCCAUUCCGUUGCCACCACAAACACCCAGUGCCAUGAGCUACCCACACCUAGAUCGCGCUGCCGCGUAUCAUCAGCAAAUCCAGGCGCCCUCACAGCAGGCUGCAGCUCCGGUGUCUGAGCAGAACAAAAUGUCGCCCAAUGCGAGCCCAGACCUUGCUCGCGCUCCCAAUGAUCAGUCGCCAGGCGAAAUUUUCACAGGCUUCGUAUCCGAUGCUUAUCCCGGCCUGCUACUGCCGCCCAACGCUCUGCCCUCAAUCUAUGUCAAAACAACAUCGCCGCGCAUGAAGCCCUCCCGGCAGAGUUUUAUUGCUCCCAGGCCAGGUGAGGAAAACCCAGUCUUCACAGUGGCCGUGUACGAACGAUCUGCCAAUAAACAGCUCUGGCGCACAGAGAAGACCUACCAGAGUCUAGCCUCCUUGGAUCAGCAAGUCAAGGCGGUCUGCACGAUUCAAGCAAGUCUUCCCGAUCGGGCAUUGUUUGUCGGUCAUGCUCCUGCAAAGAUCGAUGCACGCAGACAUGCAAUCGACCAAUAUCUUGGAAUUUUGCUCGAAUCCGUCUACGAGGAGCGCGCUGCCAAGAUCGUUUGUUUAUUUUUAUCCAGCGAUGCGUUUGGAGCUGAAGCGAGCGAAUAUUUCGGAGCUCCAGCAGAGCCUCAGACCAAUGCUCCAGUCCAGAAAUUGAGACAGAAUCGUUCCGGAUACCUUACGAAGCGUGGAAAGAACUUUGGUGGCUGGAAAGCCAGGUUCUUCGUACUCGAUGGGCCGAACCUGAAGUACUUCGAAGGACCUGGUGGAGCUCAGCUCGGCUCAAUCAAACUUCAGAAUGCACAGAUUGGCAAACAAUCGACCACUGCUGCAUCGUCGACGGAGGAUGAGGAGAAUCAGUAUCGGCAUGCCUUCCUCAUCUUGGAGCCGAAGAAGAAGGACUCAAACAGUUUGGUUCGACAUGUGCUAUGUGCUGAAAGUGAUGAGGAGCGAGAUGCCUGGGUUGAAUCGCUUUUACAGUAUGUCGAUUUCAAGGACAACGAGGCCCAUCCCUCCCUGCAAGCACAACUCUUGAAAUCGGAGAUCACGGGCCCUCGGAGCCCACGCCUGCAGAAGUCUUUGAACGACCUUCGAUCCAAUGGCGGCUCUCGGCCGUCAGAUUUGCGGGCCGUGCAAUACAACGAACUCACUGCUGGUGAUGCGCCUACAAUGGGUCCUCCCUUGAGUCCUCGAAUUCCCGAGCCGUCGUCCCCUGGCUUCGACCGACUUGAACAUACGAACGGCACUCACCCCACCAUUUCUAAACCAAGCAAUCUCCAGGUGAUCCAGAAUGCCGGCGAUUGGGGCAAUAAGCAGCCACCAACACCCGGUUUCAAGGACAAGAAGCGCAGUGUCUUCACGUUGCCUUUCAGCAGCAAAGGCAGAUCGUCGUCAGACUUGCCGGCCUCUGACCGACCAUCGACGGCAGGUGUGCGUGCUGUAUUUGGCGUGGAGUUGGCGCUUGCAGUGGAGUAUGCUCAACCUGCCGAUGUCGUGACAGAUCUGCCCGCUGUCGUGUAUCGCUGCAUUGAAUAUCUCACUGCUCAGAACGCCGUGGCUGAGGAAGGCAUCUUCCGACUUUCUGGAUCAAACACCAUCAUCAAAUCUCUCAAAGAGCGCUUCAACACCGAAGGUGAUAUCGACCUUCUCGCCGAGGAUAACUACUACGACAUCCACGCCGUUGCGAGUCUGCUCAAGCUAUACCUGCGUGAGCUUCCCUCGAGUAUCUUGACGCGCGAGCUGCAUCUUGAAUUUCUCCGCUCCUUGGAAUUGGCACAUGAAGACAAGGUCGUCGCUGUCAACAUUUUGGUCAACAAACUGCCACCUGCUAAUCGUGCGUUGGUGGAAGCCCUUUCUGGCUUCAUGUUGUUGAUUGUCGACAAUGUCGCCGUCAACCGGAUGAAUGUCCGCAAUCUCGGUGUCGUCUUCGCUCCAACAUUGAAUCUCCCUGGUCCAUUGAUUUCCCUCUUCGUCGAGGAGAAGUCCCGGAUCUUCGGCCUGGCAUAUGAUGAAGCAUCUUCUCCCAUUGCACACCAGUCCGCGCAAGCCUCCCAAAAUUCAACCCCCACGGACCUUCGCUCUCCUCGCAAGCAAAUGUUCUCCGACCUUCCCACUCCCGCCUACAACCAGACCACCUUCCAGCCUAUGCAUUUCGGCGGCAACAGUAGCAGGGGCCCACACUACACAUCUGCCGGCAACCUCGCAGCUUCGGCUUCCGAGAACAACAUGGGCAUGGUCCCCGUACACCCACAAACCUACGCGCCGUACCAAAUGGCGCCUCACGGUGAAGGCGGUUUCGGAAGCCUAAACGACGCUUUGCGCGCACCAUCCUCAUACCUAUCCACCACUAGUCCCUCAUCCUCUUCAUCGCAUCCUGGUGAUUCGCGCCAGCAGCAGAGUGGUGGCGAUUACACCUCCUCGGAUUACAGCAAUGGCGGAGGAAGCAACCAACACCUCAUGACGCCUCGCGAUGUCAAGGCCAAACGCCGCGAGAGUGGUAUGCUAGCGGCCGGACAGAUGAUGAGCCCAGGCAAGAAGCCUAGCAUGUCACGACUGCGCGAGGAGGAGAGUAGCACCAGCUUCUGAUGCCAAGAGUCUCAAGAGUCAUGAGGAAGCGCAUGUGAGGGAACAGUUUCCUGAUGAACGGGCAGAAACGGGGUGGAUGUUUGGCUUCUUUGUUUUGUUCUUCCGCACUUGGUGCUCGCAUCCCAGCGAGACUUCCUCUGAUGUCUGAUGCUUUCCCACAUGCCUUUUCUUUGCCCCCGAUUUUUCGUUGAUUUUGUUGUUGUGCUGUUGUUCUUCAUACCCCCGUUGCUGGCCUUUUCUUUAUUUACUGAGCCUUCUUGGAAGGUUUCAUUGAUCAUGGUAACCGCUGCUUUUUCUCUUUUGCAUCGCACAACUUUAUUAAGUCGACAGUAUGGUAUGCAUCUCUAUCGCUAUCA